GAGAAAGAAGACGAUUGCCAUCUUGGUUAGAAGAAGAGUGUUUACACGUCAGUCGGUCCGGUUUUGCAGUAAGCAAUUUUUUCCCGUUUUGUCCACUGAUUGUCUGGAGAAUUUUUCUCCAGAUUAAGCUACGACUGGUGACACGGUUGGAACCGUUUAGUGCCGAUAUUGUUACUGCAGUAGGAAAACAAUUCUGUGAAUCAUGAAUAUCUUUCGACUGGCCGGUGAUUUGUCGCACUUGCUGGCAAUUAUUCUAUUACUGAUAAAAAUAUGGAAAACCAGAUCCUGUGCUGGCAUAUCCGGCAAAUCUCAGAUCCUGUUUAUGAUCGUCUAUAUUAGUCGCUAUCUAGACCUUGUGACGACAUUCAUCAGUGUUUACAAUACUAUUAUGAAAAUGGUUUUCAUAAGUUCUUCGGUAGCCACGAUUUAUUUGAUGUACGUCAAGUUUAAGGCAACUUAUGAUCAUAAUCACGAUUCAUUCCGUAUCGAGUUUUUGCUGGUUCCAUGCUUCAUUCUGGCACUACUGAUCAACGCAAGCUUUACUCCACUGGAAGUACUGUGGACCUUCUCUAUCUACCUUGAAGCGGUGGCCAUUUUGCCCCAAUUGUUCCUGGUCAGCAAAACGGGAGAAGCGGAGAGUAUCACCAGUCACUAUCUGUUCGCCCUGGGAUCGUACCGUGCAUUGUAUCUGCUGAAUUGGAUCUACCGAUACUACGCAGAAGGUCACUAUGAUCUUAUUGCAAUCUUUGCUGGAGCCAUUCAAACGAUUUUGUACUGCGAUUUCUUCUACCUCUACAUUACCAAGGUAUUGAAGGGAAAGAAGCUUCAGUUGCCGGCGUAAGGCGGUCUUCAUUAUCGUCACUGUAGGGAGAAUCAAACUGGAUAAUAACCGAUGUUCAAGAGAGAUAGAGAGAAGCCAUUAGCAAGUAAUGUGAAAAACAGAUGACCGCACGAGAAGGAAAUAAAAGUAAUGUAAACUUCGAAGAAAAACUGGUAGUCUUAUAUCAAUCCAGCGUUUAGAGAGAAAUCGAAGUCCGAACAUUUGGAAAGAUCAUUUGGAGCAACAACCAACUCCUAAGCAUACAGUAUAGUGCAACGAAUGAACUUUUCGACGGCUCGUGAGUGAAAAUUCAGAUAAUUUUGCUCUGCGUCAACAGAAUACGUUUCUUCAGAGCAAAAUUGUCUGGAUCAUAGAACAAUCAACCACACAAUGUUUGUGUUUUGCAAAUUGGAACUUAAAGAAAAAAGCUUCAUGUCAAGUAACGAUUCUGAAACAAUUAUAGCAUUGGGUCGUUUUUGAAUUGUUUAGUUUUUUUUGCAAUAAUAAUUGUGUUUAGCUCAUGUCAUCGUAUUUCCGUUAGAUGAUUAGCCGACUCGCGAAAUAUAAUCCACCAUUUAAAAUAUUACUUUUCCGUACGCUUUACAAAUUAGAAUGCUCUGAUGAAGCAUUACAGUUUUAUUUAAAUUUGGUUUUCCCUGUAUCCUUGAAUUUUAUGUUAUAUUGUCAAUGUUCUGUACUAGAAAGUGUUGAGUUCAUUAUCCUUUUUUUUCGCUUUUUAGAGACAACGUUGUGUAGUUCUUUGUCAAAGCCACAUCUUUUGGUAGAACAAAGUAAUGGCGAUAUCGAAAGGCAAAACAUUAGGGAUUUUUCAGUCGUCUAUGAAAAAAACGGAUCAUAUAAGAGAGAAAAAUAUACAACUAGAUUCUUUAGUAUUUUUAUUUUGAUUCAUCGUACUUUAAGAUAAAAUGGAAAAAAAAAUCCGACUGCUUCGUAAGAAUCGUUUAUCUAGAAGAAAUGAACGAUCAAACUGAUUGAAGGAAACAAACCCCUUUAUUCUUCUACUUGAUAAAACUAAUAUUUUACUGCUACCAUGUAAUACAUAAAAUCGUAAUGAUUAUUGAGAUAAUUCCAAUAAAGAUUACAGUGUAAA